UCUUCCUAUUAAUGAAAAAAUUACAUAUUUAUAAACAAUUUGAAUAAAUAUAUCCGUAUUUGCUGCUAAAAAAUUGAAGAAACAAAAAUAAAAUUCGCUCAAAGCGUACGUAAAAAGCUAGUUACGGCCCUAGACUGACUACCCAAGAGGGGGAAACGAGACGGGCAGGAAAAGGAAGGAAAAGGAGGAGAGGAAGCGAGAAACGUGGAUAGAAAAGCGAGUAGCUGGGGAAGGGCUCGCGAGGGGUCACGGGGAGGCCUUGGUCUUUUUAUCCGAGAUAGGAUGUGAGUCUAAUCCACGCUGUCAACGGUACCGUGGCCGUCGUUCGUCGUCGUCAGUCGUCGUUAGACUGUUCCAGACUACUUGUGCCGAAAUCGAAGAGAGCCACGCACGCACGCCACGCACACACUAUUUGCAGAUAGCAGUUGUCGAAGGUACUGAGAUUGGCGCUUCUGUGAACAGCGAUCGACGAAUUUAUGACUCGCACGCGAAUUGUCGUGACGUUUGUAAGACGGCAAAGAUGGUCACUGUGCAAGAUAUCGGUUUGCAGCUUACGAAGCCAGUGAAGGAGUUGGCGCAAUGGAACUUUCCAUUCUCGGAGACACUGGAGCAAUAUUGCUCUCUGUUCAAUGCAACAACAUGCAACAAAGGCUUUGGCGAAGCUGGACUUGUUCUACAAAAUUCCACGGCGGUAUAUGUGCACAGAGUUGAAUCUUUGUGGACCAAAACCGAAGAUUGUAGAAAUGUAUUGUCAACUCAUGAGCAGGAAGAGGCAGCGAAAAAUCAUACAAAAAAGAGGGACAGAAAGGCUGACAUGUUCUUUCAUGAGUUUAAAACUGUCAACUUUGCGGCAGAAGUGGACAAGAAUAUUGAUAUUAAGAAAAAUCAUACGACACAUGAUAAUGUUAAAUGUAGAAGCCGUCGAUUUCCUCAGUUAGAAAAAACAAUCGCACAACAUGUCUCUAUUGACAUUUAUGAUGUAAAUGGUGAAGUUAUCGGCAAGAAAUAUGAUUUUCGGUGUAAUCAGAAUAUAAGUAUGGACGGUAUAUUGGUCGACGAGUUUGCGCCUCGAGAUUUUCAUUGCGACAGCGACAUCUCUGACAAAGAGAAAUCUUUGUUAAAUUCCUCGUAUGGACUCUGCGAUACGUCAAUGCAAGAUUCUACCAUACACGAUGACAAUGAUGACGAAAACAACACAGAAGCAGAGUCCGAGAGAGACAAUGAUUCGCCGGAAGGAGAGAACUCCGAUUUGGUCACGUCUUUUGAAACGAGCCAACAAAAUCUCUCUUGCUCUAGAAAUGCCGAAUCUGAUAACACGCUGAUGAAUGCUUCAUGCGAUAGUCUCAACGUGACUCUCGCCAAUACUCCGAGUCAGUCGUGUCGAAAUACACCUAUUGAUACACAUUCGCCAAUAACUAAUAUUGAAAAUACCAUUUUAUCGAAUAAUAAUGAUUUCGAGGAUCAGUGCUUGAACAAUAAUAUCAAAGAAAGUAUAGAUGUUGGCAGUCUAUUAGAUAGCCCGCCUGAAUCAGUGAAUUCGAAAGGAACGAGAACCUCAUCGACGGAUGAUCCAGCGUCGUUGAAUGAUACAAACGGAGACCUAACGAGAAAAUCACUUAUCAAUUCUGUAAUAAAUACUUCCCUAAAUGACAAUAAAAAAAACAAAACGCGGCAACGUUCUACUUUAAAGUCGAAACUGCUGAAACGAAAGUUACUUGCGUCGUGUAAAAAACGACAAAAUGUACAGAAGAAAAAUCUUCUACAUAGUUUAGAAGAUUCGCGUCAUUCGCGAGGAGAUAGACCAAGUAUGUUUAAGGCAACGGCACGUUCCUGUAUGAAGUGCAUACGAGAGUACGAUCCUUCGCGAUACGAAGAGGUGACGAACGCGGAAUCAGAUCUUUUAGGAUUUCGAUUACACGUCAACAACAAACCGGAUGUGCAUAUCAACAAUGAAUGCGUAACGAAUAUCAAUGAUAAUGUUACAACACCUCCGAGCGAUGAUGAGAUUUCUGAACUUCACAGUCCGACCCCUACGCCGAGCACGUCGCCUCCGCAUGAAAGUUUCUGUGACGUUUGGUUUCGAUCGGACUCGCCGCGUUUCUCAUCAGACACUGUCGACAAGUGGCACGAAAUGAUUCAGCCCAAGCUGCGCGACGCCGAGCGAAGAUCGGUUUUCUGUAUUCGCGACUACGCGUCACGAAUUAUGGAGACUCUGAAGGCGAAUGGCCAAGGGAAAAUCAACUUUGACACUGUUGUUCAGAAGGAACGCCCUUGUGAGGUGGCCAGAUACUUUUUAGCGUCGUUAGACUUGGCCUCGAAGCGAAAUGUAAACAUAAACACGAAUGAAGAGCAUAAUAUAGAAAUUGCACUAUACGAGGAUGAGCAGUGUUCUACCGACAGCCAAGCGGACUCGCACGAUUAACGAGCAGAUUCUUUAGUGUAAUAACUGUAUAAUAGUACAUUAAUGUACAAUAUGUACUAUAUGUAUCAUAUGUAUAUUAAUGAAAAUUGAUUUUUAUGUACCUUCGUCAGUCUUGGGAAGGGUCUCUGUACUGUGAUAUUAUGCAGCGGUCCUCUUAAAAGAGAGAUCUUGCAUAUUUGUGCAUUAAAUAUUUUUUUCAUAUGA